UGCAUACCUAUUAUAAUUACGAAAGUUAGGAUAUUCGCAAAUAAAUUUUCUCGUUAUUUUUUUACGGAUACGGAUUACAACGGACUGUUUUGCAUUGUGUAACCAUUUAUUGUGGGAUGCCGAAUAUGAACUUUGAAUUAAGGUUUAAAGGGAAUCGCAUUACUUAACCGUUAAGGAAUAUAAAAAAAGACACUUUAAGCUUAACACUUGAACAGUUCAGACACAUUUUCUGUUUAUAAAGACGUAUUUUUGUGUUUUAAUUUUUUUAAAUAGUCUAUCGUAAUUACAAUUAUUAUUGUUUUAAAUACCUAGAUACUUUUGUGUUAAUUAUAAAAAUGGCCAAAGCAGGAAAUGUUUGUCAGUACUUUCAAUGUGGUGUUUCAAAACGAGUGGAACCCAAUCUUAAAAUGUAUGGAUUUCCUUUUAAGGAUGAAAACCUGUGCCGCGUUUGGAUUAAUAAUGCUGGGGCUACACAUCUGAUUCCACUGUCACCGAAUUCAUUAAAAAAUAAAAAAAUCUGUGAAAAACAUUUCCGAUUGGAAGACUUCACAAAAUCUUCCAAUGAAAGGCUCAUUAAAGGCACAGUGCCUAUGAAAUACGAUUUUGACACCGAACAUUUCGAGGAACAUUUACAUGUGAAUAAACCAUUGAAAGUUUACACCAGAAAGAAAGAAUUUCCACACGAAUUGCUAAGAUCGCCCUCACCACAACCUAGUACAUCCUUUGACACAAUGGAAACGCUAAAUAUCAGCCCAGAUACAUCGGUGUGGUUAAACUCACUAUCUUCCCUUCCCUCUCCACCGGAAAAAAACGCGAAAAGAAAGCUGCAGUUUAAAAAUGAUACUCCAAAAGAGAAGAAACUUCGACUUUGCCUGUCGAAUCAACGAAAACUUCUCUCAAGAAAAAGAGCAGACAUGUCUCGCCUAAAGAAAUCUUUGAAAAAGAAGAAUGCGACUUUAAGUGCCCUGUCUUCAAAUUCAGCAGAAUACAGCUAUAGUCUAUUAAAAAAAGAUCCGAAAACCUUUGUCGACAUGAAUUUAUUUCACAAAAAUAAUACUUCCUGGAAUAAAAAUGAAAAGGAAUUUGCUAUAUGGUUGUACUACAGCUCACCAUCAACUUAUCGAGGAUUUUUGCAAAAAGGUUUUAAAUUACCUUCUCUAGCCACAAUAAAGCGUUGGAUAGGUGCUUCGGUAUUUAAGCCGGGUUUUACAAAGCAGUUUUUUCAUCAGCUGCAAUUAAAGGCACAAACAUUCGACAGUAUUGAGAAAAAAUGUGUUUUGUGUCUAGAUGAAAUGUCCAUCAUGAGUAUCAUUGAAUAUUCAAAAUCAUUAGACUGCAUAGAAGGAUAUGAAGAUCUUGGGUUACCAUUCGGCAGGAGGAAUAAAAGAGCAAAAAAAGCAAUGGUAUUUAUGCUUAGAGGGCUACACUCGAAAUGGAAGUUGCCAAUUGCAUAUUUUUUGUCGCAUACAGGUCCUAACUCCAAAGAAUUGACAACACUAAUUCAAGACGCCAUCAUAAAAAUUAAGAGCUGCGGCUUGCAAUUAAAGGCAAUAAUAUGCGAUCAGGCAACCACAAAUGUGUCCACCUUUAAGCAACUUUUGGUAUCAAAAGAGAAACCAUACUUUUUUUUUGAAGGACAGCAAAUCUAUGUAGUGUAUGACGUGCCUCAUCUCAUUAAAAGUCUUCGAAAUAAUUUAUUAAAUGGUGAUUACAUUAUAAACGAUAAACAGCCAAACAAGUCCUCUGUGCGUUACAUAAAAUUGAUAGGAAGGGUAAGGUUUCGAAACCUCCCUCUAUAGAUGGUCUUAUUUUGACAAUAAAUUCGAUUAUUAGUAUCUUUAAUGAAGAAGAUACAACUUUUUUGCUCACGUCUCGAUUAAAUCAAGACGUAUUGGAAAACCUUUUCUCCUGUAUCAGACAAAGAGGUGGUUUUAACAGAAAUCCCUCCAGUAGAGUCUUCAGAACCAGUUUACGAAUAAUUACGUUGACACGUCUUAUGCAGCCUCCAGAAACGUCAAAUUGUGAGCAGGACCAGGAUGAGAUGUUAUUUCCGAAACUAGUUGAAAAAGGGGAAGUAGAUGAUUUAGGAAGUGCAAACUGUGCAUCCGUAAAAUAUGAAAGGUCCUCUUCGUCAUCUUCAAUAUCCUCCAGUUGCAGUACUUCUUCUACCCCAAAAGAAGUGACAUUAGAGGACUGUGCAACAGUGUAUUUUGCAGGUUACUUAGCAAAAAAAUGUAUUGAUAAAUACAAGUGUAAUGGUUGUGGACAACUGUUGAUAUCACAAGAUCAGUUAAAUGAGAAGAACCAAUUACUCAUUGUGAAAAAAAUGUAUGAUAACAAAUUAGUGACAUCAGUAGGUUUAAGAUCACCAAGUGCGGUAUUAGUAGACAUAGUUGAACAUAGCUUAAAAAUAAUUUCUAAGUGUUUAAGAUUUAAACCGGAGCGAAGUGGAUUAGGGUUGUAUAUAUAUUCACGUAUUUCUAAGUUAAUUAGUGUACAGUUCCCAGAGUUCAGUUUAGAAGUCGGCGAAUGUAGUGCUCAUAGGCAGUAUCUGUUGCAAUUAUUGAUUCGGACAAAAAUUUUCAAAUGGUGUAAAUGGCAAUCUACACAGCACGUCAAAGAAACAGCGCAUGCUAAACUUCGCAUUCUUAAAAAUCAAUAAGCUAUAAUUUCUUCUAAUACUAAAAAUUAUCAAAAAGUUGACGUACAUAUGCCUUAAGCUACGUUCAGAUAGGACGCUAUUGCGCGAUGAGGUACUUUUAGAUGCGAUGCGAUUAAUCUCAAGCAAAUAUCCUUGCAUUUUCUAACAAGUUGCCAUGCGAUGCAAUUAAUCGCAAGAAUUUCUUGUACCAUAUUCCAUAUUUACGAAAGUAGUCGCAGGUUAGUCUCCACUCUCCGUUCUAUGUACAUUACAAUAACGAAACUUAUAUAAUAGACGGCACAUACUACCGGCGGAAAGUUCUCUAUAAAAUAUAUAUAGAAUCCAAAUUAAGGUUGAUUCUCACUAUACAUAACGUUUCCAUACCAUAUCCUUUCCAUAACCAUUCCGUAAAUUAUU